AUGGAGUGGAGAUCAACUCUGCAAACAGCUACAUAAUCGAUCAAUUCUUGAACGAUCAAGUCAAUGAUAGGACCGAUGAAUAUGGUGGAAGCAUUGAGAACCGUUGUAGACUUGCUCUCGAAAUUAUAGGAACAGUUGUGGAAGAAAUCGGAGCAGACAAGUUGGCAUAAAACUCUCUCUGUUUUCCGAAGUGUACGGAAAAAAAGACUCGAACCCAUAAGCUCUAUCGACUUAUUUGGCUAGUGAACUCACUAAGCUCGGAGUUUUAUAUUUACAUGUGUUCGAGCCAAGGGACGAACCUCGUUGCCUCAAAUCAAUUAGAAAGGUUUUUGAGGGGACACUUAUUGCUUCUGGUGGCUACAAUAAAACUGAGGGAGAUAAAGCAAUUGCUGAAAGUUAUGCUGAUUUGGUCUCAUUUGGACGUUUGUUUUUGUCAAAUCCUGAUUUGCCCAAACGUUUUGAACUGAAUGCACCGUUGAACAAACAUGAUAGGAGCACUUUCUAUAGGUCUGAUCCAGUUGUUGGUUACACUGAUUACCCGUGUCUUGAAAUUACUUGUUAAUUAGGUUAUAAUCUUUGUGAAGACUAUAUUGCUCGGACUCUUAAAAAAUGUCAACAGGUACCUAUUGGUUCCUCUAAAUUUAGUGCAGUCCGACCAACAUAGGUGAAAAAUAAUGUAGUUUGCUUCUAGCUGAUAAAAAGGGGGUAUUGUUUUCUAAAUAAUAGGAAACUUACUUUGUAUUGAUGUAUUCAAGAAGUUGUGUACUUUUAUGUUCUAGUUCUCUAGCUAGCUUCUUGGAUGUGGAGUGUGUCAAAUUAUGAUGUAAUUUAUAUGAACCAGUCAACUAUGCCCACUGAUAUUUGCUUAUAAUCUAGAUCAUUGUCGAGCAUUUAUUUUUUGUUUUUUCAUAUAUCCAUAGUUUGAACCCGAGACAUCUUAUUAAAGGUGGAGGGAUGUAUUUAUCCACAGCACAAGUGGUAGGCUGUCACCCUUGCAUUUUCCCAAUUUAUAUAAACCAGCUUUUCUCACUUCCAUUUAUUUCACUUUUUUUCCCAAUACUAUGCAUCAUUUUCAAUACUUGUCAAAGACUAGAUUUUUCGUGGUGUAUUUGAAGAAAGAUUCAAUCUUUUUGGUGUUUCCAUUAAUGGGUUGCUCUGUUUCUCGUUACUAUCAUGACUUUAUUACCAGAGAUAUAUCAAACUCACAUUCGCAGUCCCCAUAUUCUUCUUCAAUUCCAGUUUCAACAACACUCUUCCUACCGACACCUCCAAUUCACUAUCCACCUCUUUGUAAAGGGGACUCCAAUCAUUUAGUUUCACUCACUUCCUCUACCUAUGGAUCGCUUGAUCCCCGAGUUCCAGACAACCCCACCACAUGUGAAGGUGACCCUUUAUCUCCUGAUGCAGCAAUCAACACUUGGGAGCUCAUGGAAGGCCUUGAUGACUUAGAUUUUCGUAUGGUUUAUGAUAUUCAGAAAGAAUUUGUGAAGUCUAAUGAGAUUGUUGAACAUCCAGAUACGAAGCCAUUGUGGAAGCAUUUGUCUGAGGAAUCAUUGUUGGCGAAAAUGGAUCCUAAUUUAGCUUUAAGUUAUAGAAAAGCAUUGUACUCUUCCAAGCGAUAUGGGCAUCAUGAUUUGAAAAUAGUUAGGUUUGUGGAGUCAUCAGAUGAUAGUUCAAGUUCUUUGAGCUCAUUGUUGGCUAAUACUGAUAUCUACUUAAAGGGUACUGAAGAUAGGAUUGUUCUGUAUUUUACUAGUCUGAGGGGAAUCAGGAAGACUUAUGAAGAUUGCUGCUCCACGCGUAUGAUCUUUAAAGGGCUUCGGAUAUGUGUAGACGAAAGGGAUAUCUCUAUGGAUUCAUCGUAUAGAAAAGAGUUACAAGGUGUUUUGGAAGGUAAAACACUGAGCUUGCCUCAGUUGUUUAUAAGAGGGAAGUACAUUGGUGGUUUAGAAGAGAUUAAACAACUUGGUGAUACUGGAGAAUUGGCUAAGCUUUUGGAAGGGUUCCCUGUUAUGAUUGAUGAUAUCACUUGUCAAAGUUGUGGUGAGGUGAGGUUUGUACCAUGUCCUGGUUGCAAUGGAAGCCAAAAAUUGUUCAAGAGGAGGAAGGGAAGUCGAUGAGGUGUCCACGUUGCAAUGAAAAUGGAUUAAUUCGUUGCCCCGGCUGCUGCCCUUGAAUGCAGCUCUUGCAUUAUAUUGGCCAUGUUCAUGCUUCACUGUUUUAACUGAGGGUUCUCUGUUAUUACUAGUAUAUUGUAUAUGGAUAUGUCUAGGUGCAAAAAGUAUAUUGUAUAUAUUUGUGGAGUUUUACCUAUUCUUAGUAGGUACAUGUUGCAGUAAGUUAUUUAGUCUCAACUUAUGUCGCUUGUGUCGCUUGGACUCUCCAAUAAUGCCAACAUAGGUUCUUGAAUCCAUACAUUUUUUGAAGAAUCCGACACGACUCGAUUAUGAUAACAUUUAGAUGGUUUUUUUCUAGUGCAAUUACAAUAUACUUAAC